CGGGAUGAAGAGGUUGAAUCGACUGACUAGCUAACUAGAAAGGAAAUGAGCAAAGGAGAUGCGAGCUACCUAUACAUACACAAUAGGGAGCUGCGAGCUCAGUUAGGUAAGCGAGCAACCAGUGAAGAGGUAGAGAGCUAAGUAUAGGUGGCUCUCUACGCGACAACAAGUUAGUGGGGAUAUGAGCUUUGGUGCUGUGACGUUGAGGGAUCCCUGCCGCGUCGCGGCGAAUCUGGGUUGGUUAACCUGCUACCCAGCUUAUCGUGUUACUAAAGCGGAACAGCGAGAGGAAGCGAGAGAGAGGAAGCGAGAGAGCGUGUGUGUGUGAAUACAAUCUUCUGUUUCCGGUGUGCCAAAAACUCUUACGAAAGAACAAGAUUAUGCCGGAUUCGUGAGGACGUGGGCAGUGAGACAAGAGAGGUGGCAUAAGAAGAGGCAGAAGCUCUAGUCAACCUGGGGUGGACGCCUGUAUGGGCCAUAGUGUACGAACAAAGCCCGCAAAUAGCUGUAAUCUUGCGUGUCGAAGGUUCAGUAUCUAUCCCUUUGUACUCAGGGGGAAAAUAAAAGGGCUCACCAGACGUACAAAGCUUGCGUGCCUCCUCCAGCAGACAGCGUUGUUCACUUCCCAACUUUGGCUAACCAAGAGCACGAAAUCACUAUGUCGGGGGAUGGAGCGUUCAAUUGGGCCGAUGGCCUCCAGCAUAUUAACAAACUUCUUUUGGAAGAGUUGUUUGACCAUAAGAAAGUCAUCUCCGUCAAUGAGAACUUCGACAGGACCCUUGUUGAAAGAAUAAACCUCGAGGUCUUGACCAAGGUUGUCCCUCCCUUCUCCGAAAGAGUAAAUGGGUAUCUCCAAGACCAGAUCAAGGCGUUAAAGGAUCAGGUGGCGGAAUCCCGAGACGAUUACGAAAGGUUGAACAAGGAGAAGGUGCAGCAAGAAGCAGACAUCGAAAGCGCAAACAGAAAUUUCAGACUCAUGCAGGAGACUCGCCAUGAGGAACUAGUCCGGAUUGAUGAGGAAGCUGAACAGAGAAAGCAGGAGGAAGAGGAUACGAGGCAGAGCCUACAGAAGCAAAUUACAAAGCUGAAACAGGAUCUCCUGGAGGCGAGAAGGACCACAGGCACCCGCGAAGGAUACGUCGAUGACUUGCACAAUGCCUAUGAGGCAUUACAACAAGAGAUAGGGACGACGAAAACGGAGCUGGAAAAAGUCCAGAACGAACUUCAAGAGGCACGGGACGAGACCCGCGAAACGAUCGAAAAUAUAAAGGACGAGCGCCUGGGCGUUGGUGAGACCAAGAUGCAACUCGACAAAGCGAGAGAGGAAUUGGAGGCCCAUCGCAAGAGGCAAGAAUCGCUCGAGGCUAGGACCCGGGAACUGGAAGCUCUAAGGACUGCCGCCGAGGGGAAUGCGCAAAGGCUUCAAGACCUUGCACAGCAGAGGCAAAGGGACAUAGACAGCCUCCAGGAAGCGUUAAAGGCCGCCAGGGGAAAUUUAGAGGACGACGAGCAUCAGCAAACCGAAUAUCUCAAGAAACUCGAACAGCAGAUCACGGAACAUCUCAAGUUUCUCAAAGAGAAAGUGGGGGAGCUCCGGGAAGUUCUGGGUGAUGAGAGCAAGAAGCUCGACGACUUUUUCAACAAAGCACCAGAUCAACUCGAGGCAAUCAUAAGGAGGCUCCGUGAUGCUCGCGAGGGCGGCGAAGGACAUGCCGACGACGAAACAAGCCGCAAGCUAACCCAAGAUCUCGAGAGGUUGGCCAGCGAAAAGAGCUACAGCUCCUUUACAGGGCCCUCGUCCUCAGGGGAAAGCUUCCCAACGAACGACCUACACGCAGGGACUAAGGAACGUGCCAAGAAGGCAGAAAGGCUGGAAGCCGAAGUCAAGCGGCUCACCGACCAGCUCGCACAAAGCGGCGAGCGCCACAGGGAGCUCGUGGACGAUUUCACCGGGCAGUACCGCGAGAUGAUCCGGCACGGGGAGAUCGUGGGGGCCGAGCUCGACCAGCAGAUCAGAGCCAGCCAGGAGUCGCUGGACCAGUACCGGGAGCGGCUCGGCCGGCUCAACCGCGAGAUGGAGAGGAACCCCGGGGACGCCGAGGCGGCACGGAACCGGCGACGGGUCGUCGGGAUGCAGGGGGAGAUUGAUCGGAUCAACAGCAUCAUCCGGACCCUGACGGACGAGAAGACCUUCUUCGACGACGCGGUACGGCAGCUCGAAGGCGCCCGAAGGCGAGCCGGCGUAGCAGCUGCGCCCGCAGAGCCGCCGCAGCCGGAGGAGGGCGGCGGCGGCGGCGGCGGUACUUUCUGGCUGACUGCGAUCGCAUCACUGGCCUGGAACCUAGCGCAGACGCUGCUCCGAGUGGUGUUCCGGGGCCGUCUGAAUCUGGUGCUCUACGUAGGGGCAUUCCUAUCGAUGACGACGGCCGCGCUCGCGUUCGGCCUCGAGCUCGCGUCGUGGCGGUACGCGAACUCGCCGACGCGGCGGGGCCUGUACGCCAACUCGGUGGACGCGUCGACAAUCUGUUUGAAGUUGCCGACUUUGGAAGUGUUUACGAGUUUCUUCGCCGCGCUUAUGGCGGGCCGCUGGAAGCUGGUGGUCUGAGCACGCUCGCGUCUGUACUGAGAUAUAUAUAUAUGUGUAUAUACCUACCCACGGUUAGAGGGAGGCGGAGUUGCAUAUCCAGGAUGAACGCUCGCGAGGGUAACUUGGCUAUGGAUUACUUCCGAUGUCGAAUUCAAGGCAACGGGGCUGGGGUUCACCGCCAGACGGGACCAGCAGAAAGGUAGAUGAUGUUGGCGUCAGGUAGACCUAGAUCAAGUAGUAUUAGGAGGUAAUUGAGAU